AUGUCGGCAGCUCAACAAGUCCGAGCCAACAUUACGAUGUACUACGACAUUGUAUCUCCUUGGAGCGUCAUAGCCUUCAAAGUGUUGCAGAGGUACCAUCAAAAGUGGGAUUUCGAGUUGCGCUUUCAGCCCAUCAGUUUGGGAAAGGUGAUGCAGGUGAGCAGCAUGCGAAGACGAACGAUGUUGACCUUGACUGCAGCUGGGGCAGAAGGAUUGAUGCAUCGCUUCUGAUGCGGUUUUGUGAGAGCAGAUAUCUGGGAACAAGCCUCCCAUCACGGUCAACAACAAGGGCAAAUGGAUGUUUCAAGAGAUUGAAAGGGUUCCAGCUUUCUACGGCGGUGAGUACUAGUUCUUGACAGCGACAGCGCUGCAAGAACCGCAGGCAUCGCGACCAUGCACAGACCACAGAUUGAACGAAUCGUGAAUCAAACCCUCUUUGGAUGCAACUUCCCUUCCUUUCCCCCCAACAAGUGAACCUGAACAAACCCCAAGGAUUCCCAAUGAAUACUCAAUUGGCCCAAUCUUUCCUGCGCGAGCUUCGCGAUCGUUCUUCUGCCGAUCACGAUGCGUACGCCUGGACAUUGAUGGACGCAUCGUGGAUUUCCAGCAAGCCCGUGGUCAAAGCAGAGGAUAUUCUAGAAGCUGUCAAACACGUCGGUCUGAUUCCUCAGGCGGAACUGGAAGAAAUUUUGAAAAAAGCGCAAACGAAAGAGGCAAAGGACAAGUUGAACGAGGAGAGCAAACGAUUGGUGGAGGAUCAGGGCGCUUUUGGAAUGCCGUGAGUGGACACUGCGAAGGAUGAGAAGAGCCCAUAUAGCCCUUGAAGGAAACACAUCGACUUGUUGCUGACCCCAAUCUUUCUACAGGUGGUUCAUCGUCAAGCGGGCGUCGGACGGAAAGACGGCGAGUUUCUUCGGUAGUGAUAGGUUCGAACAGAUCGCAGCGUUCAUGGGCGAAGUGAGUCUUUUCAAAAGGAGAACAAGCUCCUUUGAGUUGGUUCGCGUAGCUGAAUGUAGUGAAACUCCUCUUUGAAGGAGUACAAAGGUCCAUUCGCAGAUGGCAGACGGGCACGCCUUUGA